CAGUCUCUCUCUCUCUCUCUCUCUCUCUCUCUCCAGAGUUAUCAGUCUCUCUCUCUCUCUCUCUCUCUCUCUCUCUCUCUCUCCAGAGUUAUCAGUCUCUCUCCAGUAUCAGUGUAUCUUCAGACUUACCCAGCAUCGUUGUCCGUCCUCUUCAGUACUUUGGAGAUGUGAGUCAGACUGUGUCUGAACUGAGAGAGAAACUAGAAGACUUCCUUAAAGGAGAAUGGACCAAGAUCUCCACUACAGUGAAUAUAGUGGAUGUUGUACUGCCUCCAGAGCCCAAGACCAGAGAACAGUUGUUACAAUAUUCCUGUCAGCUCACACUGGACCCAAACACAGCACACACACGCCUCUCUCUGUCUGAAUCGAACAGAAAGGUGACCUGUACAGACCAAGUCCAACCAUAUCCUGACCAUCCAGACAGAUUCACCAACUACUGUCAGGUUCUGUGUAGAGAGGGUCUGUCUGGACGCUGUUACUGGGAGGUGGAGAGGACUGGUGAUGUUGUUACAGCAGUCUCAUAUAAAGACAUCAGCAGAACAGGGACAGAUGGUGGAUUUGGAUUCAAUAACAAGUCCUGGAGUUUAGAGUGCUAUAGAGGUGGUUAUUGUUUCAGACACAAUAAUGUUGUGACUAAAGUAUCAGGCCCUCAGUCCUCCAGAGUAGGAGUGUACCUGGAUCACAAGGCAGGUACUCUGUCCUUCUACAGUGUCUCUGACACAAUGACCCUCCUCCACAGAGUCCAGACCACAUUCACUCAGCCCCUCUAUCCUGGGUUUAGUAUCUCUAUGUUUUUUCUCAAUGGUUUGUUAUGUAACUCUACUGUUGAGCUGUUGAACUGUAGUAGGGUCCACAUAGAUACUAGUCAUGCUGGUGUAGUCUAUAGCUGAG